AUGAAGGUCAAUAUCUCCGCUAGACUCGCGUCCAGCGUGUUCCUUCUCGCCUUGGUUCCUGCAGCUCGAGCUUUGCCACAAUGGCUUCAACCACAACUUCGUAAUGCCAAUGCAGAUGCAUUUGCUCCUCGGGAUUAUACAAUCUAUGAGAGAGCGGAGGGUAUUCAAGAUCGCUAUACACCAUAUGGAUAUGGACCUCAGCCUACUUACACAACAAAACCUGUCACAAGCGCUGACCCUGAAGAGACUUCAUCGUCAAGUACUCAAAUUGGUCAGCCUUUAAUCUCUUUACCUCGUUCUUCAAUUCACCUACUAAUUGAACUAGGAUCUGCUUCUGCCUCUUCUGUUAGUGGUAUACUUUACACCGGCACUUCUCCCGUUAGUUUCUCCACUGGUCCAGCAUCUGGCGAACCUUCGGCUGCUACUUCUUCCACUGUUGCAUACUCUACAAUCACGGUUUCGGUUUCUGCUACAGAAGCUUCUCCCUCAGCUUCUGCCUCGAGCUAUGAUCCAGGAACUUCUGCUACGGGAGCAGAGACUACAUCUUCGGAAUCGGAUGGUAUUUCAACAACAGCAACAGACACAACUUCCUCGGAGUAUAAUGGCAGUUCACCAACAAAAUCUGCAAGCACUUAUAAGCCAUCUGUUACCACUUCACCGGAAUACUCUUCUGCCAGCCCAAGUACCACCACUUCCGCUCACUGCAAUCACAACAAUUGUCUUCGGGAAUUCAUUCGAUCUUCUUCCAUUGUUGGUCCAUUUUGUGCCACAUAUACUUUGACCGAGAAUACUGCCACUACAGAUCUCCCUACAUAUGUUUCACAAUGUCAUGAUUCACCUUCAAGGAUCUCAUCUGCAUGUUCUUGUUUAAACACUGGUGCCACCACUACUCCAGGAAAUGUUGGUAGCAGCACGCCCUCAACACCAACUGGAACAGGAAGCACCUCCCCAACAGGUGGAGCCCCAACUUCUUCAGUGGCCCCCAGUUCCUCAUAUUCCUCGCCUACAGGCUCCGAAUCUUCUGCUGGCCAAAGCUCCCCUGUCACUAGUUCUCAAAGCUUGGGCUCUACGGUAACCGAUACUCAGACCUACACGAUCACUCCUACCAUUACAGUACCAUCUGUAAGCCAGACAACAACGCCAUCAGGAGAAGAGACAACAACAACUCCACAAGGGGGUGAGACGACAGCUCCUUCUUCUGGAGGCGAGACAACAACAACUCCACCACAAGGAAGUGAUACGACAACAACUUCACAAGGAGGUGAGACUGUAACCACUCCAGCAGCUAGUGAGACAACGUCUACUCCAUCAGGGGGAGAAACGACAACAACCCCACAAGGAGGUGAGACAACCCCUUACCAAUCAGGGAGUGAGACCACAACCGCCCCUUAUAGCGGGACCACCAUCACAAGUGGCGAAACAACCUCAAGUGAGAGCUCAAGCAAUCCUAGUUAUUCUUCAGGAGCAUCGAGUACCGCAUCUGCCAGUUCUACCAGUCCACCUUAUACACUUGGAAAUUCAUCCAUUCCCGUUGGCCCAACUGGUACAUCUCCUUCAUCCUAUAUUUCUGCUAGUUCAUCAUCUGCAGGUCAAUACACAAAUACUUCGGCCUCGGCGACCGGUCCUGUCACUUCUGGAUUUUCAUCUACCAUAUCUGGUGGCAUCUCGUCAUCAUCACCAGGAAGCUCCAGUGCCCCCUAUACAAACUCGACGUCAGGAGCAGCUCCCACGACUUCGGUCUCUUCUUCAGGGACAGCGCCAUUUACGUACCCAUAUCAAACUGGCACAAGCAUUUCACCUAGUGGAAGUAUCUCUGGUGGCGUUUCAAGUUCUAGUGCUUCUGCACCUUUGUAUACAAAUUCGACCACUUUAGCCAGUUCAACCUACCUUGGUACUGCACCUUUGUCUUCUGGUUCAUCGGGAAGUAUAAUUUUGUCGACGGGAGCUCCGUCAUAUACUUCCACAUACCCGAUUAACUCGACACCCGUUUCAAGUGGUGUAGUUGGCCCAACAGGAUCAAGUGUGUCUGGUGGCAUUGGUUCUAGCUCAUCUAUAAGCGCCCCUUAUCCAACAGGUAACAAUGCUUCAACGACCACUGGUCCAACUGGUACAGGAUCCGCACCAACAUCCUCCUUCCUAGGAACUGGUACGUCUGGAUCUUCUGUCUCCGGUAUUAUAAGCUCUUCUUCAGGAUCUAUCCCAUACUAUCCUUAUGGAAAUAGCACUCCAUAUACAAAUGGUCCAACAGCUUCAGGGACAGGAAGUCAAAGUUCUGUGUCGGGUGGGAUUCAAUCAAGUUCUGCUGUUCCAAGCGCUGGUAGCUCCCAAUCUUCUAGUGUAUCAGGCGGAAUUAAUUCAUCUGUUGGCUCUUAUGCGCCCUACCCAAUUUAUAAUGCUACUGCAACAGCAGGCCCUACAGACCCUGGCACAUCGGUAUCUGGAGGUCUUAUUUCUGCAACACUUAACACUGGCAGCUCGCCAUCAUCGAGCGUCUCAGGUGGCAUUAGUUCUUCGGCGGCAUCUUCGCAACCUUAUCCCUACGGAAAUUAUACUCUCCCAUCGCUUGGAACAGGUACAGGAGGUGCAGCUACAUCGACACCUCUCAAUUCCGGGAGUUUUCCAUCAAGCACUGGAACGGUACCUCUAGGAACAGGAAGCUCGAACACUGAUUCUGGCUCAUCAACAUCAGUUCCAUACCCUGUUCCUUCAAAUGGAACUUCAAUUGGUGGACCAACUGGGACCUCACCAGUCUCGAGCAGUGUUUCUGGCCCAUCUUCGUCGGCUCCAUACCCAACUUCUGGAAAUAGCACUCUGACUAGUGGAUCAACUGGACCAACAGGAACCUCGCCAAUCUCGAGCAUUGGCACAUUGCCUCUAGGAACGGGGAGUUCAAGUACUGAUUCUGGUUCGCCAUCGUCAGUUCCAUAUCCAACUGCUUCGAAUGGAACCUUGAGCAGUGGCCCAACUGGACCAUCAGGAACUUCACCAAUCUCAAGUUCAAAUCCAUCGUCGGUUUCGGGUAACCCAACAACCAUUGGUAACAGUACUUCAGUGACUCCAACCUCAUCUGCUAGCACUUACGAUCCCGAUGGAUCUACUUCCAGCCAAAUUACUGGAGUAACCUCUUUUUCAUCAUAUUCGGCAACUGGCUCGUUCAACACAAGUAGUGGAGUUUCACCAACUACAUCUUCGCCCUCAGGUAAGUUAAAAUCCAAAAUUAGGAUCAUUGAAACCUUGCUAAUAUUAUUUCGAAGGUGGCUUUGGUACAUCAAUCACAUCAGUAACAUCAACUCCAUCCACGUUUGCGACAUCAGUCUCAACUGGAACAUAUGCCGGCACAAAUUCUUCCUCCAUCCUCUCAACAGCAUCAACUUCUGACUCAGGUUCUUCAACGAGUUCGUCAGACUCUUCAAGUGCUGCACCUUCCACAAGUACUUCCACUCCAACCUCUUCCUACUCUCCACCGCCAACUUAUACUCCACCACCACCACCAUACUACGCACCUCCUCCACCAAAUUAUUACGGUUGGGGAACAUGGGGCAGAAAGCAUCACAGAGAUGCUGGCAAUGUUCAUCGUUGA